AUGGGGCGAGUAAGUGUUGAGCAUAUUGUGUAUAUUUGUCUGUUAAGUAUAUUACUGGCGCUUACACGGUUGGGUGAAGAUGAUAGUAUUAAGUAUCUUAUAGGUGUCGGAGCUAUCAGGCCUCACAUGCAAGAAAUCGACCCAGAGCUCAUGCGCAAUUCGGCCGUUUACGUUGACAGUCUUGAAGGGGCUCUGAAAGAGUCUGGCGAUAUCAUCUUAUCUAAGUGCACUAUUUACGCCGAAAUUGGAGAAGUAGUGAAUGGCAAUAAAAGGGCAAGAGCUGACGAAACAACCAUUUUCAAAUCAUUGGGCAUCGCCGUAAUGGAUACAGUAGCCGCAAAAUUAGUCUACGACAAGUUCUUAGAAAGUAGCAAAAUUUGAAUAUUUAUAAUAUUACAGUAUAACAUGACGUCAUUGUGUUGUACAGUAUUUUAUUCUAACAAAAAAUAUACAACCACUCGUCUAUGGUUCUUGAUAUUGUAACAACAUAAUAUAAGCUCUUAUUUACUGUGUUUUAAUACCACGCGUAGGCAUUACUAAAUGGACAGGCUGCCGGUAAUGUUAAGUACCGAUAUUCAUUUAUAAUGCUUGUAAAAAUGUAAAAUGUAUAAAUCGCUACCCCAGGGACCGCGGUGCAAAGCUUACCAUCUGCACUGAAUGUCGACGAAUAAGCCUGAUUUCUUAGAAUCGCUACACUACGGUGUUUUCAGUGCACACGUUGUAUAUUUGCGUAGCAGUCACCGACGCAAUCAGCAUCACCGAAAGCUGUCGUCGAUAGCGUGAAGCGAUUGUAUUAAAUGGCGAAGUAAUGAUAUUGAAUGCUUGCCGUACACCACGUAGGUAGUUCUGGAAAGAACUGUUGUUUACGUUUAUGUUGAGAGUCUGGACGUUUCGAUUAGUUGCUUCAAUCGUCGUCAUCAGGCGAAUAAUUGCCUAUCCGCAGAGUCCAGACAGGGUAAUUUAUACAGUAAUUUUCAUACGAUGCUUAAGUUAAAGGUGAGUUUAUUCUGUUCAAAAAAACAAAAAAAAAAACAAAACAGUGAAUUAGCAUAGGCCGAUUAUUUGACAUUCAGUACUUUUUAUCAUUUGGUAAUUAGUUAUAAGAAAACUCAUAUCAUUCAAGUUCUAUUUUAUAUAUGUAAACAGCUCAGAAGUGUCUCACCAAUACAAUAUUACAACUUCGGAAAAAACCCACGAGCCCCUUAAUAUUUUUAUUGCGAUAAUGAUACUGAAAAGAUAAUGGUGACGGUAAUGCUGAUGGUGGUAAAAAUUAUAUUGUUCAUAUAUGUUUGAUGAAAAGAGGCAAAUCACUGUCUGGGCAUACUAAACAAUGUGUUUUUGAGAUCUAAAACUUAGCCAGAACCCCAAAAUAAAAGAAGCAUUUUUUCCAAGACUAUCUUUAUUUCUCAACCAGUACAAAACCUAGUUUUAUAAUCGUUUUUUAACUUAUAUUGAUACCACGUUGUCUGUAGAGUAAAUAUAAAAACAUUCUCAUAUUAAAAUACUUCAUAAUUCGACUGUACAAGUGAAUAAUUUUAUAAAUUUUUUUACGAGAAAUAAAUUAAAAUAAUACCGUUAGCUACAAUAAUAAAUAGAAGGCAUAUUUCUGAGGACUCACUUUAAACAUUACAGUAUACCUCGACAGUUUCCAGGCUUUUUUGAGAUGUUUAUUUAGAGUAUCCAAGCGGGCGGUAAUGGGAACAAAUGGAUUUGUUUGAAUAUUAUAUAGUGUAAUGUUGUAAUUUCAGACCAUGUAAAGGAGACAUAAUCGUAAAUUUUCUUGCCAUCUGUCUAAAUCCCUCCCUGGCCCUCUCUUUUUCAAAUUCCUGGAUCCACUACAGAUGCAUUUCUUCUUUAAAUAACAACUCCCUGGUUCAACAUUAUCACAACUAUUUGAUUAACUUUCGGUAAUUAUAUUUACUUGGUUUAUACACUUAAUUUGCAAAAUGAAGUUCAUUAGCAAUAAAAUAUCAGAACAAGGCGAA